AUCUAGGGUUUUCCAGAAUGCCUUUGAGAGAACAGAGCGAAGUUUAUUAUAAGCAGUGCCGCUCUUGUUCCGUUGCCGGCAGAAAUCAAACCCUAAAAUAAUUCCUUUCGGUUUUUUGCAAGUAAAUUUUCUUACUCUUGCAAGGUUCUCAGAAAGGGAGAGAAUCAGUUGUGGUUCUCUCCAUGGAUUUGCAGGGCUUCCUGCUUCGUGCUCGAGUGCUGAAGCUUUAUAGACAAGCUCUACGGGCUGCUCGAAAGGCUCCUCAUGAUUCUAGAGCUGAGUUGAAACAGGUCAUUAGACAAGAGAUGGAGACCAAUCGAGAUUGCAAGGAUAGGCAAAAGAUUCGCUUCCUGAUUAGUGAAGGAACCGAGAGACUGAAAGGUCUGACUGAGAUGCUUGGUAUGCAGGGACAUUGCUAGUUCAAUGAAAGCUGCCUGCUGCUUUGGUAUCUUAAAACUCUGAUUUUGUAGAAUAGACUUCAUUCUCCACAAGUUAACCAAUUUCAUAAAUUUACUUCUUCCAUGAAUAUAAAAUUUUUAUUUAAUUAUAGUUUAUUGAGGUGGCAA